GUCGUUACGUCAUAACUAACUACACGUAGUAAUAAUAAAACCAGCUGAAAUUACAUUAACAUUACAUUACUACGUGAAUAAGCCAAGAAAUUCUUGUCUGAAACUGAAACUGAAAUCCACCAGUUUUUUCACCUCGUCGGCGCCUUCUCGUCUCCUUCUUCAUUUUCUUCCACUUCUAAUUACCUUCGCACUCUCCACCGACACAAUAAUCCAUCCCCAUUUUCGGUAAUUGCCCUCCAUCUCCCACCGCCCAGAUCCCGUUUUCCUCCUAUAUCACGCCGUAGUUGACUGAAAAAUCUCAGACCCGUACUCCCCACCUCUGUUAAUCAAGAACCCUCAAUUGGGGAUUUGGGUUUUGCCCGUUUCGUAUUGUUGCUAUCAAAGUUAAGGUUUUAGUUCUAGUUCGACGGACUUCGAAUCGCCAUGCUGGAUCGGGUCUUCAGCCCCCGCCGGGCGCGCCGGUUCCAGCGCCUCCUCCGCAACGGUAAGCUUACUCUCCUAUGCCUUGUUCUUACAGUAAUCGUUUUGCGUGCAAAUCUGGGAGCAGGAAAAUUUGGGACUCCGGAAAAAGACCUGGAUGAGAUCCGGGAAACAUUUUCUUACAUCCGCAGGCGGGCCGAGCCCCGCCGCGUUUUGGAGGAGGCUAAGACGGAGCAAAAAUCGGGUAGUAGUACGGAGAGCGGGAGUAAUAGUUAUGCUGAAUUUGAUAUAACUAAGAUUUUGAAGGACGAGGAUGAUGGAGUUGAGGAGUUCAAGCGGGAUCCAUCUCAGCCAUAUAGCCUCGGCCCGAAGAUAUCGGAUUGGGAUCAGCAGAGAGCUGAAUGGCUUCAAAGGAAUCCGCGUUUUCCGAAUUUUAUUGCUGAGAACAAGCCUCGGGUUUUGUUGGUCACCGGGUCUUCCCCGAAACCGUGUGAGAAUCCGGUGGGGGAUCAUUACUUGUUGAAAUCGAUAAAGAACAAGAUUGACUAUUGCAGGGUUCAUGGGAUUGAGAUUUUCUAUAACAUGGCUUUACUUGAUGCUGAAAUGGCCGGGUUUUGGGCGAAGCUGCCGCUGAUUCGGAAGCUUUUGCUUUCUCAUCCAGAGGUGGAGUUCUUGUGGUGGAUGGAUAGUGAUGCGAUGUUCACGGAUAUGGCAUUUGAGGUGCCAUGGGAGAGGUAUAAGGAUCAUAAUUUCGUGAUGCACGGAUGGAACGAGAUGGUGUAUGAUCAGAAGAAUUGGAUUGGUUUGAACACUGGGAGUUUCUUGUUGAGGAAUUGUCAAUGGUCUUUGGAUAUUCUUGAUACGUGGGCACCAAUGGGGCCCAAGGGAAAAGUCAGGGACGAGGCAGGAAAGCUUCUGACGAGGGAGCUCAAGGGUAGGCCGGUUUUUGAAGCCGAUGAUCAGUCUGCUAUGGUGUAUAUACUAGCGACGCAGAGGGAGAAGUGGGGCGACAAGGUUUAUCUUGAGAAUGCAUAUUAUUUGCAUGGCUAUUGGGGUAUUUUAGUUGAUAGAUAUGAGGAAAUGAUCGAGAACUAUCAUCCAGGUCUUGGUGAUCAUCGGUGGCCGCUUGUCACUCACUUUGUGGGUUGCAAGCCUUGUGGCAAGUUUGGGGAUUACCCCGUUGAGAGGUGCUUGAAGCAGAUGGAUCGUGCAUUCAACUUUGGGGAUAAUCAGAUUCUGCAGAUGUACGGUUUCACUCAUAAGUCCCUAGCGAGUAGGAGAGUGAGGAGAACUAGGAACGAGACGAGCAAUCCUCUUGAAGUGAGAGAUGAGCUUGGCUUGCUUCACCCUGCAUUUAAAGCUGUGAAGGUGUCAUCUCCUUAGAUUGCACAUAAAAGGGAUGGAUUGGAUUCAAAGGUGGGAAGCCUCUUUCAGAUUCCAAUUCUUUUGUUUUUUUUGACUUUUAGUUGUAAUACUUCUCUCUUUGUAUCCCUUUGUUGUUUAUUACAUGGUCUUAGAAUUCUUUUUGCUGUAUUCCGUCGGUUUUGGCAAUUAUAGCAUCUCGCUUGAGCUAGUUA